GAGAUGAUAAAAUAUGGCAAAACCUAUACCAAGAACUGGUUCACAUAAGAAUAAACGUAUUGGUUCACGUAAAAAUGCACAUAGAAUACCAAAGGGAGUUAUUCAUGUUCAAGCAAGUUUCAACAAUACUAUUAUGACUAUUACAGAUGUAAGGGGUUGGGUAAUUUCAUGGUCUUCCACCGGUACUUGUGGAUUCAAGGGUACAAGACGAGGGAUGCCAUUUGCCGCUCAAACCACAGUGGGAAAUGCUAUUCGGAUAGUAGUGGAUCAAGGUAUGCAACGGGUAGAAGUAAUGAUAAAAGGCCUCGAUCUCGGAAGAGAUGCGGCAUUAAGAGCUAUUUGUAGAAGUGGUAUACUAUUAACUUUCAUACGAGAUGUAAACCCUAUGCCACAUAAUGGCUGUAGACCUCCUAAAAAAAGACGUGUAUAA